UGUUGCAAAGUUAACCCGUUUGAAACAAGCCAAGCUAUUUGAAAGUAAGAUCAACAAGAGAAGUUGGAAGCGCAAGACAAAGGCAGCUCCAGACAUUGUUAAGCACUAGCUAGCUAAACAAGAUGUCUUCGGAUGAAGAUCUGAGCAGUCCAGUUCUGCCAGGGGACUCAGAUCAGGGCAGUUCAGUCUCCUCUGAGCUGCAGGAUGAGUAUGAAGAACUUCUCCGCUAUGCAGUGGUCACUCCUAAGUAUCAGCCACAGCCUGCUAGUCAACUGCAGCUUCUUAGCGUCUCACAAUUGCCUGUGGACGGACGGAGUUCCCGCGGAAACGAUGAGGCGGGGUCCCAUCACUCAGCAGUUUCAGAAGCUGAAGAUAGAAGCAGGAGGGUGAAGUCAGCACGGACCUCCCCUCUUACAACAGAGCCGAGGGCGCAGUCACACACAUUGGAGGGUAAUGAAGGGUUGGCUGGCAGGUUGUCUGUUGUCUCACAACGAUUGCAGACGCCUUCUGAGAGGUGUACACACAGCAGCCCAGACCAACUGGUGACCCCGGUGACAGAGAUGUUCAUCUCUGAGGAGAACAUGAACAAGAUGGAGAACGUCUUAGACACCUGGAGCGACAACCUCAAGGCCAACGUGUUGAUGGAGCUGAGGAAAUGGAAGCUGGCCUUCACGGAGCAGCACAGGCUGGAGAUGAGGAAGGAGAGGGACAAGCAUGCUGCCUGUAUAGCUGGCCUCAAUGCAGAGAUGGACACCCUGAAGGAACUGCUCCACACAUAUGAGACCUCCAACCAGAGGAAGGAUGAGGUGAUCGUGAACCUGAGCCAUGUGGUGGACAGACAGAGAGAGAGGCUGGAGCUGAUGAAGAACUUCACUCACUGGAGACUGCAACACAGUGAGGCCAGAGAGAAGGCCCACAGUGCCCGACUGGCAGAGCAGCACUACCGUCUGCAGCUGAAGAGGAAGGUGUGGACAGGCUGGCAUGCCCUGAUCCAGGGGAGCUGGAAGGAGCGGGUGGAGAAGGCCUGCCGUGCCCGGGCAGAAGAGGUCUGUGUGCACCUUUCAGCUGACUACGAGGACAAGAUCGCUGAGCAUGUGGCGGCGGUGGAGGCAGCUCAGGCUGAGAUCAGCAGGCUGCGUGGAGAGAGGGAGCACUACGAGGAGACCAUGAAGAAGGCCUUCAUGAGGGGUGUCUGUGCCCUCAACAUGGAGGCCCUCAGCAUGUUCCACCCUGGAGAAGGACGCACGGAUCACCACAUGCACGAUGCUCCGCCCCCUCAGGAUGAUCCUGACUCUGGUUCAUUUGCCCACCUCCAGGCGAGGCCUGGCUCCUCUGCUCAGUUCAGCCCACUCCCCUUUGAACCUCCUCAACCACAGAGUGAUGCAGAAAAGACAGCGUGUUCCAGUGUCCCAGUCUCCAGGGCUGAAGCGUUCCCCUCCACCACAGUGGUCCACAGCACACUACCGCCAGGGGGCACUGCAAGCUCCCACAGACAGGUCAGUUCACGGAUGAUCACGUCUGGCCAACAGAAAGCCUCCAAAACUGUGACUGCUCGCAUCACUGCACGUUCUGACCUCCGCACUCCCAGCUCUGUCCGUGUUCCCAGCCACCUCCAGGUCAUGGGUGUGGCUCCUCCAAUGAGCUCUGUGGUCGUGGAGCGGCAUCACCCAGUCACACAGCUCACGGUGGGUCAGGCCACUGCAGCCAAGUUCCCCCGCUCCUCCUCUUCUCAGCAAGCCCAAGGCCCCUCCAGCAGCAAGAGUUCCUCCAGAACAAACGCAGCGUACCACAUACACUCUAUCAAAGUGGUUGACUAAACACACAUACGCAUACAGAAAACCAUAUAAAAUAGAAACAUUUCACUCAGUGUGUGUAUACCCUAAUACAAAGACCCUUCUGGACUUGGCCAUGCCAAGAAAACAUGUACAUUUGAGUAUUCUUAAAUAUUCUAGACACGCCACACCUCUCUCACUCACACACAUCACUAUUACAUCACUAUUACAAAAGGGCUAUGAAGGGCUAUGAAGGAGACCUUUUGUAACAGCUCUUAGAGCUGUGCUUUGAAUCCCAGGAAAAAAUAUUUUUCAAACACACUGAAUAAGUUGGAUAUAACCCUACAAUUGAAAUCCGAUGGAUGUAACUCCCUUUUUAUAGAGCAUUUAACAAUUACAUUUUAUCUGUAAUAUAGUGAAGGACUGAAGCCCUUACAAAUUUGUUUGAAUGUUUUUAUUGUUUCUUUUUUAAAUCAUGACUGUUUUGUAUGAAAGGACAUUUUAGCAUCUGUAGUCAAGUUCAAAACUAUUAAAGCCAUAUUUUAAUAUCUUUGC